AUGAAUUCAACAAAGCUUAGUCGACUGUAUUUGCUAUUUCUGCUAGUUAUUGCAACGGGAAGUCAUGUGUGGGCCAAGUUGUAUCUACGCUGUGAACUUGCCCGUAAGCUGCUGAAUCAGCAUGGCUUUGAACGCAGUUUGCUAUCCAAUUGGAUUUGUCUGCUAGAACAUGAAAGUGAAUUGAACACUGCAAAAGUGACUACAAACCCGAAUGGAUCAAAGAACUAUGGUCUAUUUCAGAUCAAUGGGCGAUAUUGUCAGCAGGGCAGACGUGGUGGCACAUGCAACGUAGACUGCGAUGAUCUUCUCGAUGAAAACAUUCACGAAGCAGCUAUUUGUGCCAAACGUAUUCAAAUCUCUUAAAAAAUUUACCCAAUCUAAAAGUGAUAUGUGGCAUAUAGUACAGAAAAUUGUGCUGAUACGAUUAUAUUGUAAUUUAAUUUCGUUAAGCCCGCAUGACUAUUAUUUGAGAUAUUUGUCAGUAAGUCAGAAAUAUUGAUUGCCCAAUGACGCGUGUUUGCUGAUUUAAUGAUAAGAGUGAGCUAAUAUUAUUGAAUACCUAUUAAUAAAACGGUGGAGGGGUAUGAUAAGCACUGUAAUUGGAACCCAGCAAUUUGAGACUAUUUUGAAACAUAUUAUAAACUUUUUCUAUAUUAUUUAAUGUGACUAAUUAAAGGUCCAAAUUAGAAAUUAGAAAGCCAACAGCGCUAAUUGGCGUCUCUGCCUGUUUUUAGCCCAAUUAUUUUGAUACCCUUGAAAACUACUACUAUGAUUCAUAUGGUUCACAUGGGAACUUUCUAUUAUAUUCUAU